GGUGGGGGGGGGGGCAUGAAAAUUAGUUUAAUCACACAGAAUGUUAUUGAAAUCCAAAGAACGACGAUCUUUUGGCAACAAGUGGGCGUUGAUUUUCUACCCCGCCUCCUCCCGCCGUGGGUGCGCGUGGGCGGCCCCGUGUGGCAGAAGGGGGGAGCGAAACACGACACCCAACAGAAGAGGGGGGGCUCGGGGGCGCUCCCCGCCGCCGUUUGGGCCGAGGGUGUGGAAGAAGAAGAAGACGCGGAGGAGGAAGAGGAGGAGGAUGACGAUGAUGUGGAGCACAAGUGGACCACGCGACGUCGUUCCCACAAGCCGAUUCACACUGUAGGCUCGCCGACGCUUCUUCACCAUUCCUUCGCUCCCAUCAAGCGAACCCUCGGCACUCGCCGCCCGCCCCCCAACUUCGGCCUGCCUACCGGAUUCCGUCUGCGGAGACACGGGGCAACUUUUCCCCGCAUGAAGAAAAACCCUCCAAAGCGGCUCGUAAAAGUUUUCCAGCAGCGAGCAGAAAGUGAACCAAAGUUAUUCACGCGAGGAUUGAGGGUGAAAGAAGCCGAGGAGCCGCUGCUUUAUUUUCGGGGCCACUCGGUGAGAACAACACGGGAGGACCGAGAGGCUAACGUGGCUAACGAACUAAGCCUAGGGGAAAAGUUAGCAGUCGACGGGAAAAGUGAGCCAAAAAGUCCAGCGACGACCGUAAUGAAGACCCCGGGAGAUUCGGGGUUCGCCUUCCCCGAGUGGGCCUACAAGCCCGAGUCGAGCCCGGGCUCGCGGCAGAUCCAGCUGUGGCAUUUUAUCCUCGAACUGUUGCGCAAGGAGGAAUAUCACGACGUCAUCGCCUGGCAGGGCGACUACGGCGAGUUUGUCAUCAAGGACCCGGACGAGGUGGCCCGUCUGUGGGGUGCCCGCAAGUGUAAGCCGCAGAUGAACUACGACAAGCUCAGCCGCGCCCUCAGGUACUACUACAACAAGAGGAUCCUCCACAAGACCAAAGGCAAGAGGUUCACCUACAAGUUCAACUUCAACAAACUGGUGCUGGUCAACUACCCCUUCAUCGACAUGGGCUCAGGUCGCGGCGUCCCGCAGAGCGCCCCCCCGGUGCCAAGUGGAGGCACCCACUUCCGUUUCCCCCCUUCCACGCCAUCGGAUGUAUUGUCGUCAAGCGAGGAGCUUCGCAGUCCGGGCGUGUUCAGCAGCGUGGCGCGGCGCAUGGCCCGCGGUUCGGUCAGCGACUGCAGCGACGGCACCUCCACCAACUCGGAGCUGGAAGAGGCGGUGGGGUCGGAGGAGCGGGGCGCGGGGCCGGAGAGGGCCUUCCGGGGUCUCCUCCCACCCCGCCUGCCUCACGAGUCUCUCUUCAGGCUCUACGGCCCCAACCCGGCGGGGCUCGCCAGACCUCACAGGGUCCACCCGGAGCCGCUGUCUCCCUUCCCCGUGUCCCCCCUGCCGGGCCCCGGCGGGCUGCUGGGGCCGACUCUGUCCCCGGCCCUCUCCAUGACCCCCACCCCACACCUGCCUUACACCCCCUCCCCGUCCCUGCCGUCCCCCAUGAUGGGCUCCCACUUCUCCUUCAACCCGGAGGACAUGAAGCACUACCUUCAGGCCCACACACAAUCUGUCUACAACUACCACCUCAGCCCCCGCGCCUUCCUCCACUACCCCAACAUCGUCAUCCCGCAGCCCCACCGCCCCACCCCGGAGAAGCCGGCCCCCCACCACCUGCACGGCCCGCCCCUGCCGCUCUCUCAUCCGCUGGGGGCGCAGCUAGGGGGCGGCGGGAGCGAAGAAUCCUUCAAGUUCAAGCUGCAACCGCCCCCCCUCGGACGCAAACAGAGAGAAGCGGGAUGCUCGCUGGCGGCGGCGUCGUCCUCCUCAUCGACAGCCGGACAGUCCUCCUUGUUCACGGCGACGCCCAAGAUCAAGGUGGAGCCCAUAUCAGACAUCGAGUCCGAGGAGGAGGUGGAAGUGACCGACAUCAGCGAGGAAGACGAGCUGAACCCUGAGGAUGAUGACAUCUUCGCUCCUGUAUCCUAUCAUCAGCUCCACAAUCAUUCCAAGGCCAGCGGCAGCCCCCCAGCGCCCAACCCCCAGCCGCCCUCUCACGAUGACGAUCCACACCCGGACGAUGAGGACGAGGAGGUUUUCAAGACUCCGGCCACUCCGCCUCUCGGCGCCGGGCACUCGGCGUUCCCGCUGCUCAGCCUGAAGACGGAGCCGGCGCCGGCGGCCCCCGUCAGCCCCGGCGGCACCCACUGCAUCCCGCUCAAGCUGCGCUUCAAGCGGCGCUGGAGCGAGGACCAAAAGAUGGAGGCGGAUGGUGAGCGGGACGAGGCCGAGGACAAGAAGGUGAGAGCCGAAGGACGCGAGGAGGUGGAAGAGAGGGAGAGGCCAGUGGACAACGGGGGAGGACCGGGUCUGAUUUUGGGCUUAAUGAUGCCCCCGCCGCCCACUCAGCGCAGGGGCAGCUCAGAGCUGCAGAGAGCCACCGCCCAGUUGUCCCUGGAGAACGCCAGCUGCUGAGACCCCCGAGGCUACAUGGGAAUAUAACACACACACACACACACACACACGCACACACACAGUUUUUUUUUUUUUUGUGGCAAGAACGUACACAAGCUCUGUUCAAAAUGCUCAUUUGUGGCCAUGAAAUAGGUACAGUAUACCCUGCGCCUAAAUUACAACUUGCAUGUUGAAGAGAGUAGUGCUGAUUAUUUUUCCGAAAUUGACCCUUAUAAUGGUCGCUUCUGACCAAAAUGGCAGACUUCUUGCCUUUUCAGGCGUGGCUUCUUUUUUUGUUGCGGGUGUACUCAUGAUUGACUUGCCUUUACCGUGGUACCUCCACUUGUGAAAUUAAUUGGUUGUGGAAGAAAUUUCUUCACGAGAGAAAGAAAGCCGAGACGCGUUUUCCAUGUAAAUGCCCUAAUUCGUUCCAAGACCCCCCCAAAAUUUAGACAUAAAUGUUUCCUAAAGCAUAAAAAUGCAUCAAAAUAUGUUAAUUUGAUUCUUGCGCAAUAAAUGAGAGUUGUGCAUAAUGUAAAAAAAAAAAAAGACUAAAGAAUAAAAAUGAUGGUCAUUUAACUUUUAAGUCUCUCCUUAUCUGGUUUUUUUUAGUCCACGCUCAGAAGUAGUUUUUGCCCUGCCGUUUCGUAAAGGACGUUUGCUUUUGUCGGCUUUUAACAAUCCUUUGAAAAUGUCCAAGGCAAACAUCAGCGUAGUGAGCAAUCGCCCGACUGGUAAACACUUUUUGUGGGUGAUUCACAUUGAUAUCAAACUAUCGGAAGAAGGCCUUAUGGCCCAAGGGGCGAAUGACGAGGACGCUGCAUCGACACAUGUCUAUCUAUCUACACACAUGGACACAUACGAUAGAGGUCGCUCUUAGCCAAUGGGAUGCCAGGAGGAUGUGAGGUAAUAGCCAAUAGCAGAGCAUUUCUAACUAUGUUGCGUUCAGGAAAUGCAGAGCUGCGAGUAGCUGAGCCCAUACUAUAUUUUUACCUUUCGUAUCUUGAAAUUUAUUUUGUAACAAGAGGCGAUAUUUUCCUGUUGAGGCGUUUCGUCACUAGAAAAUUUAUAAUUUAAUUCUAUAUCAAAUUUCGCAUUGAUGAGUAGGUUUGGGGUCAGAAAUGUUUAAUUUGUGAUAGCGCUCAGGGCACCCUAGCUUUUUUCGAGAGGAGCUUACUAAACUGUCCAAAAAUUACCUUCGCCUUUUUGUCAUUUAUAUUUUCGACACACAUACCUAAUUUUUGGCUGCACACGAGUGCGAGCUUCUUUGAAACCUUUUGAAUAAUUGGAAGAAAAUAUUUUUGAAGGAACGUUCAUAGAUUUGUUGCUUUACCUUGAAAAGUUGUCAUGGUACCAAAAUCCUACCUUUCACUAUUUCUUGACCACAAAGCGGCAUUUUGUUUGCAUGUUGUAUUGAUCUUGUCGCCACUUUUAUUUUUGGGGGGGGGGGGGGAAUUAUGUCUUUGGUGUUACACACUCCUUUGAGGACAACAAGUGCGGACUUUUCGUCUUCAAAGUCAUAAUGGUGGUAAAACAUGAUUGGACUCUAUGGAUUCACCUUUUUUUUUUUUUUGGCAUGUGGCGAGCCCUCAGUUUUGUCGACUUGACAGAAGUGCCUCGCAGUGGUUUACAAGGUGGCUUCCAGACUGAAGAGGGAUCCCUGGCGUCGUGGCCGCCCGGAACAUUCCGGACUUUACGGAAUCACUUCUUCCUGGACGCAGGUUGGGGGGGGGGGCAUUUGUACGCUUUCAGGAAGUGACCCAGACUUGCUACCGGCCAGGUUGAGCUGCCGAGGCGGACAUUUUGUUCCCUCUGCUUUCGAAGAAACUAGAGCGCUUUUGAAGCAUUGGCAAAUCCCGUCAUCAUUCCCGUCGUUUCCAAAGACUCCCGGCUUAGCGUGUUGCAUCGUUUUUUGGGGCAUCUAGCUUCUCCAAGCCAAAAAGCCGAACCUUUUCUUUCUUGUGGGGGGGGGGGGGGGCAACAAGCGCGGCUGACGGACGUCAUUUUUGGUUGAGCGCUGCUGCCAUGAAUGUCAAAAAGCUAAACUCAGGCAGAGAGCUUAUUUUUCUUGACUUAACAAAUUAUAUUUCCAAUUUAAAACUAAACAAGCGUGCCUUUUCAAAGCACCACCUACCAACUUGCCUUCUGUUUUUAACGUCAAACUUCUCACAUACUACAUAUAUAUUUUAGUCAAAAAUAAAUUCCAAAUGUUAUAUUUCAGUAUGGUCGUUUGAUACAAAUCGGGAAACUAAAAUCUAUUUUUAAUGCUGAAGAUUAUAUGUGUACAGAUAAAUACAGGAUAUAUAAAUAUAUAUAUUCUAUGUAACUCCCAGUGUAUUACCACGCCUUUGCCUUCUUUUGCCGCCAUUAGAGUUUAUAUUUAUAUUGAUGAAUAAAUAUUAAAGAAACAGUUAGCGUCAGAACAAUACAUAGAAAAGAGCGAGGACAAAGCUGGCGCCACAGUCUGAUUGGCUGAGAAGGGGACUGUUGACCAACACACACACACACACGCAUACGCACACACCCGCGUUAGGUGACAUCACAGACAUUGCCAUAGAAAUGACACACGCCCUUUACACAAACACGCACAGGAAAUGACAUCACUAAACCUCAGCGCAGAGUGGAGAGAGCGGGACUUCCCAUAGAACGACUCGCUCAGUGUGUACACGUGCAAAAUGUGCGCGUGUGUGUGUGAGAGCUAUAAUGCGUAUGUGUUAGUGUGUAAGAGUUGCGUGUGCCUCAUGCAAAUGUGUUCCGUUUUCACAGUUCCAAACAGAAAGCCAGCUGCGGCCUUGCCCAUUUUUGUCAUUUUAGCCAGAAAAUGACUCUUAAAUUUGCAGUCCAUAUAUAUAGGGAGAGAGCAAUCUAGUGGUUAGCGCGUCGACCUCACAGUGCAGAGGUACCGGGUUCAAUUCCAGCUCCAGGGUGUGGAGUUUGCAUGUUCUCCCUGGGCCUGCGUGGGUUUUCUCCGGAUACUCCGAUUUCCUCCCACAUUCCAAAAACAUGCACAGCAGGCUGAUUGAACACUCUAAAUUGUCCUUUGGUGUGUGAGUGUGAUCGUGGAUGGUUGUUCGUCUCUGUAUGCCCUGCGAUUGGCUGGCGACCGGUUCAGGGUGUCCCACGCCUACUGCCCAAAGACGGCUGGGAUAGGCUCCAGCACCCCGCGUGACUCUUGUGAGGAUAAGCGGAUCAGAUGAUGAGCGAGAGCAGCAUUUGACUCGACUUGUCAAGAAAACAUCACAGUAACCGUUACCCCGCCUUUCCCUGCACACAUGCGUAUUUUACUGUUACUAUUGUAAUGAUAUUGUAUCAUAUUAACCAGCUUAUUUUGUAUGUACUCUUGCUCAGCCGCUGUUUUUUAUUUUGUUUUUAUUUUUAUUUUAUUACAUGUAUACGUUUUUGGGGGUUCCAAUUUGCACUCUUUCUUUCUAGUGGACCUUUUUGUUUUCGCUUUCUGACUUUUUUUGUUUUUUAAACUACAAGUGUGUAACCCAGGAAACUGUUUUCUGUCUUUUUUUAGUACUGUUAUUAAUGCUAUGUGUGUGUGUAUAAUUUUUCAUAUUUUGAGGAUUCUGAAAGGAAAAUGUGUUUAAAGAAAAAAAAGACCAUUGUAAUGUUUAACUGUUAUUCCAUGCGUCAGUGUCUUGUUAGCUGUCAAUCAACAUGAUUGACUGCUUUGUGGAGGAGGUGGACGCAACCGCUCUGUUUCUCUUUCUAUGUGUUCAUCUUCGCAUGUAGUUAAAACAAUAAUCAGGGUUCAUUAAAAAAAAAGGUAAAAAUUGA